AUGUAUACUUUAGAUGAUGCGCACCAAUAUGAGUUCGACAUCUACGAGAGCAUCAAGAGAGUGAAUUCCUCGCACCCAGGCCGCCGCCAUGUGCGAUCAGCCUUGGACAAGUUCGCACUCCAGAGCCCAGCGGGCAAACAACAUUACUGCCUUGUCCAAACCCCUCUUUGGGACCGCUGGAGGGACCUACCACGUCGGAACCCGACCAAUCGAUUCACCGAAGACCUCCUCAAGGCAGGACUCUGGGAGCUUCUGCUUGGGCUGGACUAUCUGCACACAGAAUGUAAACUUGUCCACACAGACAUCAAAGCCGAUAAUAUUCACUCGGAACUAGUAGACAAGCAGCUCUUUGAAGCUUUCACUCAGACUGAGCUUGAAACGCCAACACCGCGAAAAUAUAUCAACGGGUUUCCGAUCUACCUGUCUCGGAAAUUUGGCUUGCCCCGAAAGCUUGGCAACGUUAUUUUAAGUGACUUCGGUGCCGCGGUCCACGGUGACGAGAGAAGAAAUCACGACGCUCAGCCGAAUGUGCAUAGAUCGCCAGAGGUCAUGCUCAAGGUGCCUUGGAGUUAUCCGGUGGACAUCUGGAAUGUCGGCGUCAUGAUCUGGGAUCUCUUCGAGGGAAAGCACCUCUUCUACGGCGAUGACCCCAGCGGCGAAGGCUACUUGACUCGGGCGCAUCUGGCGGAGGUUAUAGGGAUGCUCGGACCGCCACCCCUGGAUUUGCUUCAGAGGGGAGCUCGGAGCGCAGAGUUUUUCACAGAAGAGGGCAAGCACCAUUUCCAUCAUAUCAAAUAUUUUGCAUACUAA